AUGGCGAGUAGCGUGGACCAAGUGUUUGAAUUAAUCACCAAGAACGUAGCAGCCGAUCCGGGCCUUGUCAAAAGGGUGGGCGGUGUGUACCACUUUGACAUCGAUGGCAAGGUGUGGACCGUAGACCUGAAGAAUGGCAACGGCAGCGUCAAGUCGGGCAAGGACGGCAAGGCUGAUUGCACCAUUACCAUCAAGGGCGACGACUUCCUCAGCCUGGCUUCUGGCAAGCUCAAUGGCCAAACCGCGUUCAUGCAGGGCAAGCUUAAGCUUGGCGGCAACAUGGGCUUGGCCAUGAAACUUGGGCAACUCUUCGAAAACAAGAGUGGCGCUGCGCCUCAGCAGCAAGCCAGCAGCGGUGCCAUCGAGGUCGCGUUCAACGAGAUUCAGAAGAACAUCUCUGCCGAUCUGAGCCUUGUGAACAAGAUCAAUGGUGUCUAUCAGUUUGACAUCACCCUUGCGUCAGGCGACGUUCAAAAGUGGGCUGUUGACCUCAAGACUGGCACGUCUCCUGGCAGCGUGUCCAAGGGUGCGCCGCCCAAGGCUGAUUGUACCCUCGCCCUCAAGGAGGAAGACUUUGUGAACAUGCUCACUGGCAAAGCGGAUGGCCAGAGCCUCUUCAUGCAGGGCAAGCUCAAGAUGACUGGCAACAUGGGACUUGCCAUGAAGCUUGGUCAAGUGGUGGCCAACAAGCAGCCUAAGCAAGCCAAGCUCUAA